AUGAUGAAAAACAAUGCUGGUUUACAUGACUCUCUCAACUACAUGAACCGUAGACCCACCUAUGAUUUGAGCCAAACUGGAUCCAAAUUGUUUCCUAGGAGAGGAAAUCUUUGGUUUCAGAAUGGAACGUUGCCUCAAUGGAGAAACAUUCCCGGAACAUCUCAAGCUCCUAGGUUUGGACAAUAUGGUGCAACAAGCAAUGUUUUGGGUAUGAACUAUAAUCCUACUACUAGUACUACGGGUAGUAGUUACGUUGGGGUUAGAACAGAUGAAAAUAGAGAUUUGGUUGGACUUGGUGGAAUAGGAGUUAACGGUAAUGAUAAUGGCUCUUUCGGUGGAAUAAGGGUUCAUGGUACUGGUAGUGAUAGCGGCUCUCUUCAAGGAAUGAGCGUUCAUGGUAAUGAUCAUGGGUCUCUUGAAGGAAUAAGAGGUCAUUGUCCUGGUAAUGGUUCUCUUGAAGGAAUAAGAGUUCACGAUAACAGCAAUGACUCUCUUGGUGGAAUAAGAGUUCAUGGUAGUGGUACUGGCUAUGUUGGUGAGAUAGGAGUUCAUGGUACUGGUAACGGUAAUGGAUCUCUUGGUGAAAAUUUUGACAUGAACUGGAAUUUCGGUAACAAUAACAUGAGUAACCAUGGAAGUUCAACUUCGGUGAUUCCUUCUGUAUUCUCAUCGUUCUUGGACAAUAAGGAUCAGUCACAAAACAGCUUGAUUGCUCAAGCCGGUGGUGUGAUCCCUGGACUAGAGAAUUCAAAAAUAUUUAAUGAUCACCAUGACAUCGACAAGAUUUUUUCUGAUAUAAAUAACUCUCAGUUUCAUCAUCAGAAUCAGCAUCAAGGUAACCUGACUGGUGUAAAUCUUGAGGCACCCACUGCUUAUCCUCUUGAAGACAUUAACAGUUGGAGUUUUAAUGACGGUACCGAUAAUGAAGAACUGUUGAACUCUCUCGCUGCUAAUCCGGAUAUGUAUUUUCCUACUCAUGACAUGAACAUUACAAAUCAGGGUAAUAAUCAUGAAGAAACAUUUAACUCUCUUGCUGCUAAUCCGGAGAUGCACUUUCCUACUCAGGAGAUGAACAUUACAAAUCAGGAUCAUGACAACGAUGAAGACAUCAUGAACUAUUUAUCAUCGAUCCUGACAUGA